UAUAAUUUGCUUCAAUUGUAUAUAUAUAGCGAAUUAUAUAUAUAUAUAUAUGUGUGUGUGUGUGUUUGCUAUGGAGCGUAUUGUGUGAACUUUAUUAUAUCAUACAAAUAUAAAUUUUAUAUUUGCUAUUGAUAUAGGUGAAGAUUGUUCUUUUUCUUAUUUUUUCUUAUAUUGUCAAAAAUAGAUAAGCAAUUAAAAAUAACUAAAAAUAAAAAUAAACAAGUAAUAAAAGAAGAGAGUAAAAAGAUAAAAUAGGAGAUGUUGAGGUUUGUGUUUCAUUGGCUUUACCCAAAAGUGGGGCACUGAGUCAAUCCAUAACAUAAAUAAAUAAUACUCCUUCUGUCCAAGUUAUUCAUUAUUGAGCGCAACUUUUAAAAGAAACAAAAAAUAAUAGAGUAAUUUAUAAAAUUAUCCUUUGAUUUUAUUAAAUUUGAUGUAUUGAGAAGUGUGUUAGAUGAGUACUAGUAAUAUUUAAGUUAAAAUAGAUAAAAUAUAAGUUUAUAUGUUGAUUCUGUAAAUUGAACAAGUAUGAUUGGACUAACACAAUUAUUAAAAGAAAAGUCAACUUCCUAACCUAAACAAACAUUUCCAUUAAUUAAUGUGUUCUAUUGGGAAAACUUGACAAACAACUACAAUGAAAGUGCUUGGAAAUUCUUAAAGAGAGCCCAAUCAAGUCGGCAUUAUUUUUUGUGGAAUUGAAUGCACAAAUUAAGAUCAGCAGCUUCCAACUUGUUCAUAGAUUCCACUACUAUAGCUUCUAGUUACUUGUAAAUUAGAUGGUGAUGCCUUUCUUCAGGGUACUCGCAGCGAAAAAUCCUCUUUCCUCUGCCUCUGCUGUGAGGCGGAAGAAAGAGCAUGAUUGUUAUUUAAAGAAUGGAAGUGCGGUGCUUGAGGAGUUUCUUGCUUUAUGCGAUGGAAAUUGCAGAAUUCCCAUCCGUUACUUCUCUGCCGUUGAGAUCAACAACGCAAUAAAACACUCUAAAACCAUAAUAUUGGACCGUGCCGAUGUGUAUGUGGUUACGGGCUUGCUGGACAAUCGCCCUGUAUUUGUUAGAUUCAAUGCAUGGGAAUGCAACAAUAUACACCGAGAUAUAGCGAUUACUGCUCAAAUGAGUCAUCUCAAGAAUGUGUUGAGACUUGUCGGUUGCUGUCUAGAAUUAGAACAGUCAGUUAUGGUGUAUGAAUACGUUGAAGCUAUAUCUCUUUGCGAUCUACUUUACAAAAAAAGUAAUCCUGAUGAUCAAACUAGAAAAUCACUGUGUUGGGGAAACCGGUUACGAGUUGCGCGUGAUGUUGCUUCUGCAGUUCUUUUCCUCCAUACUGAAUUUACUACGCCAAUCAUCCACAGGAAUAUAAAGCCAUCUAAUGUGAUAAUAGAUGAGAAGAGCGGUGUUGCCAAAAUAGUGGACUUCUCACUCUCCAUAUCAUUGCCUCCAGGGGAAUUGGAGCUACAAGAUGAAUGGGUGCGUGGAACAAUUGGGUAUAUAGCACCAGAAUAUCAGCAGCAGGGUAUUAUUACUCAAAAAACUGAUGUCUACAGCUUUGGGGUUCUUCUCUUUCAGCUAUUAACUGGAAAGGACGUGUACGGUAUAUCGAAUAGAGUGGAUUCUACAAAUUUAGGGAAGAGGAUAAAUUUUGAAGAAGCAGCUGAAUCCAACAUUGCAGAGGGUAGUUCUGUGGAUUCGACAUAUUCAACUGAGACCAUAGAUUUUAUAAAUAUUGCAACCGAUCCUUAUAUUGAAGAGGAUAGUGUAAUUGAUAUAACGGAUCCUAUCAUUUUAGAAGAACAUGGAAUUGAGAUUCAACAACAGUUGGAAGACUACUUGGAUCUUGUUAAAAAAUGCACAGCUGACAAGGCAGAUGAUAGACCCUACAUGAUUCAUGUCGCAAGGGAAUUGUGUCGAAUGGAAAAGUCUUUUCGCUCUUGGUCAAAAUGAAAUGUUUAGAGGUUCCAAUUUCAAGGAAAUUCAGUUUGUUUGUACCCUCAUAUUUAUGUUGAAUAAAAAAUGAUAUCUGCAGAUAAUGAAAUUGUUAAAUUAUGAAAAAACUCACAGACUGUGCAAGUCUGCACUUGAAUUUCUGUUGAUUUUUUUAUGUACAUGAUUUAAGCAA